AUGGGACCUUCUUUUCCUUCUAGGCGGCUGGAGCUCAACCCGCAGCAGAACAGCCCGGCACAGCCUUCCCCCCUCUUUGAAAAUAAGAUCACAUCAAGUCAGGGAUUAAAAUGGGAAAAAUUCCACCAGAGCCUCCCUCUGCCAGCCACACGUCUCAGUCCCCUCCCAGACACACAGAGCUUGGUCCACGUUCCUGGAUGCCUCUGCCUCUCCCGAGACACCGCCUGGGCAGCAGAAACAGCUGUGGAGUCAGACCGGCCUGCUCCCGAGGCCAAGAGCUCCCACCUCCUCACACACCCCUGGAGGAAAGGCCAUGUGAAGACUGCGAGCCAGAAAGAUUGCACCAGAAACCAAAUCGGCCAGAAGCUUGAUCUUCGACUUAUAGCCUCCAGAACUGUGUUUGGACGAGGUUCUGGGUCGCAGCCUCGGGACGCAGGGCCGCCCCACAUCUUCCGUCCCGCUGGCCUGGACUGCACGGUGCCCGUGGCCCUGCCACUGCCUGGCCAGGUGUCGCUCACGGCGGAGAGGCACAGAUCAUUCUGUCUGCGAGGCCUUAUGAGUGAACCGAGCUGCACGCAGAUGAAAAUGGUGACUUGGGGUAAAGCAUGUGGCCUGAAAGCCCUUUUCCUCUUUCAGAACCUGUGUGUUCAGUUCCUGUUUUUAGGUUCAAUGGGUUUCGCGUGGGCUGUGCAGACCGGGUCCGGAUCAGAACCUCUGAGCGGCUGCUGCCCAGCAAGCGUGGGACCAGAACAAGUGCCCUCACUUUCCUGAGCCUCAGUUCCCUGUCCUGCAAAACCAGACGACCCCUCCGUCUCCCACACCGAGUACCUUCCCCACCAUCCCGUCCGUGACUUCCACCCGAGAGGCGGGCAGCUGAGGCCUGGCUUGACCGGCUGGCUAUGCUGGCUCUGAGGAGUGCCCACCAGACCUCGGCCCGGAGACAGGUCCCCUGCUCUGGCCUCUUUCCCCACCUCCGGCCGCUGGACGUCCCGGCCCCUGGCCGAUAAGGCUCUGCUGUGCGUGGACUUGGGUGACCUGUGAGGUCCUUGCAGCUGGGAGAUAAACAAGUAGCUGCGACAUCCCCAUCACGAGGACGUUUUUUAAAAGGUACUUGGUAAUAUAACUGUUUUUGUGAGGCUGAGCGAGUAAUGGGGGGAUGAUAGAGUAGUUUGAAAG